AUGGCAUCUUCUUUCGUCAAGCUUGACGAUUCUCCAAUGUUCCAGAAGCAGUUAUUUUUUAUGGAAGACACAGCAGACGAGUUAAAGGAUCGGUGCCAGAAUCUAUUCAAAGGGUGUAAGAAAUUUAUGACAGCUUUGGGGGAAGCACAUAAUGGAGAAAACGCCUUUGCUGAUUCAUUAGAAGCAUUUGGAGGAGGCUACGACGACCCUGUUAGUGUAUCAGUUGGAGGACCCGUCAUAUCUAAGUUUAUCACUGCACUACGUGAGUUAGCUACUUUUAAAGAGCUUCUUCGCUCACAGGUAGAGCAUGUAUUGAUUGACCGGUUGUCAGAGUUUCUAAAUGUUGAUUUGCAAAAUGCAAAGGAAUCUCGUCGUCGUUUUGACAAAUCUGUGCAAUCGUAUGAUCAGUCACGAGAAAAGUUUGUUUCUUUGAAGAAGAAUACUCCUGAAGAUAUUGUUGCUGAAUUAGAAGAGGGUCUACAAAAUUCAAAGUCAUCAUUUGAGAAAAGCCGCUUCAAUCUAGUACACUCUCUCAUGAAUAUUGAAGUGAAAAAGAAGUACGAGUUCUUGGAGUCGAUAAGUGCAAUAAUGGACGCUCAUUUGAGAUACUUUAAACUGGGUUAUGACUUACUGAGCCAAAUGGAGCCUUAUAUUCACCAGGUGCUAACGUAUGCUCAACAAUCUAAAGAAGUGGCUAAUAUUGAGCAAGAUAAGCUUGCAAAACGGAUCCAGGAAUACAGGACACAGACAGAAGUUGAAAAUAAACCCAUGCCAGGUGCUGAUGGCACCCAUCCUGUAGGUUUGAAUUCUUACAAAAGCUUUGAAGCAGGGAUGCAGUCUGCAACCAAAGGCGAGAUUCAAACAGUUAAGCAAGGCUAUCUGUUAAAACGAUCAUCAAGGAUGCGAGGAGAUUGGAAAAGAAGGUUUUUUGUACUUGAUAACCAUGGGAGUUUAUAUUAUUACAGAUCAAAAGGACCCAAACCCGCGGGAUUUCAGUCAUAUAAUUAUAGUCGUUCUUCUGAACAAAAUAGUGGCAUGUUUGGUAGAUUCCGUUCAAGGCAUAGUAGGGCAGCGUCACUAAAUGAGGAUAUUUUGGGUUCUUGUACAGUUGAUCUGUGCACAUCCACUAUAAAGAUGGACGCAGAGGAUACUGAUCUACGACUUUGCUUCCGUAUCAUUUCUCCCUCAAAAACAUAUACACUGCAGGCUGAAAAUGAAGCUGAUAGAAUGGACUGGGUAAACAAAAUUACUGGAGCUAUCACCUCGCUUUUUAAUUUUCAGUUUCUUCAACAGCCUCAUUAUGGUAAAUUGCAAUUACAAAAUAAAAACUCAGCAACUGGUUCUUCCUUGACAAGUCAACAAGAGGAUAGUAAUAAAUCUUUGAUGGAUGAUGUAUAUUCCAAAGAAGUGGGUAGUGUCUCUAAAAUUUUAAGGGGAAUUCCUGGGAAUGACAAGUGUGCUGAGUGCAGUACUCCUGAACCAGACUGGGCAUCUUUAAACCUUGGUAUACUGCUGUGUAUUGAAUGCUCCGGAGUGCAUCGCAAUCUUGGUGUUCAUAUCUCAAAGGUGAGAUCUAUAACGUUAGAUGUGAAGGUUUGGGAACCUACCAUUUUGGAGUUAUUCAAUAAUUUAGGUAAUACUUUUUGUAAUUCUAUUUGGGAGGGCUUGCUUCUGCUUGGUGAUGAAAGAGUAGGUGAAUCAAAUGUGCCUUUGAAACCAUGUUCCACAGAUCCCUCCCAAUAUAAAGAAAAGUACAUCCAAGCAAAGUAUGCAGAGAAAUCACUAGUCAUCCGGGAAGAGGACAUACCCGAAAAACCUUCAGUUUCCACAAAAAUAUGGCAAGCAGUUCAGGCUAUAACUGUACGAGAAGUGUAUCGCCUUAUUGUAACAUCAACUUCAAAUCCUAUAAACACAAAAUUUGAAGAGGCGGUUUCCCAUGCAGAGACUGAAAAUCAUCAGCAUGAUCCUGAAGCCUGUCUGAGGAUUAAGGAGGCUAAUGAAACAGAGAGUUGUUUCCGCGGUUGGUCUUUAUUACACCUAGCAUGUCAUUCUGGCAGUACAUUAAUGGUUGAGCUGUUGCUCCAAUUCGGCGCUGAUAUAAACAUGCGUGAUUAUCAUGGAAGGACUCCCUUGCACCGUUGCAUUUCUAGUGGGAAAAAUUCAUUGGCUAAGUUUUUACUAAGAAGGGGCGCAAAACCAUCAAUUAAAGAUGCUGGUGGACAUACUGCACUUGAAAGAGCAAUGGAGUUGGGAGCAAUAACUGACGAAGAGCUAUUUAUCUUGCUUGUUGAAUGCUAG